UUUAUUUGGAGGAGGACACUAUUGAAGACACCUGCUCAGGACAAUGAAAUUCUUCACUUACAUUAUGGUUUAUCGCCGAUUUCUCCUCGUGGUUCUCACUGUGUUGGUUUUACUGCCUCUGCCCAUCGUCCUCCACACCAAGGAAACAGAAUGUGCCUACAUACUCUUUGUGGUCGCCAUAUUUUGGCUUACAGAAGCAUUGCCUCUGUCGGUAACAGCUUUGCUACCUAGUUUAAUGUUCCCCAUGUUGGGGAUCAUGCCUUCUAAGAAGGUGGCAUCUGCCUAUUUCAAGGAUUUUCACCUACUGCUAAUUGGAGUUAUCUGUUUAGCAACAUCCAUAGAAAAAUGGAAUUUGCACAAGAGAAUUGCUCUGAAAAUGGUGAUGAUAGUUGGUGUAAAUCCUGCAUGGCUGACGCUGGGGUUCAUGAGCAGCACUGCCUUUUUGUCUAUGUGGCUCAGCAACACCUCGACUGCGGCCAUGGUGAUGCCCAUUGCGGAGGCUGUAGCACAGCAGAUCAUCAAUGCCGAAGCAGAGGUCGAGACCACUCAGAUGACUUACUUCAACGGAUCUACCAACCAUGGACUAGAAAUUGAUGAAAGUGUUAAUGGACAUGAAACAAAUGAGAGGAAAGAGAAAACAAAACCAGUUCCAGGAUGCAAUAAUGAUACAGGGAAAAUUUCAAGCAAGGUGGAGUUGGAAAAGAACUCAGGCAUGGGAACCAAAUAUCGAACAAAGAAGGGCCACAUGAUAUGUAAACUUAUGUGUUUGUGCAUUGCCUACUCUUCUACUGUUGGUGGACUGACAACAAUCACUGGUACCUCCACCAACUUGAUCUUUGCUGAGUAUUUCAAUACACGCUAUCCUGACUGUCGUUGCCUCAACUUUGGAUCAUGGUUUACAUUUUCCUUCCCGGCUGCUCUUAUCAUUCUACUCUUAUCCUGGAUCUGGCUUCAGUGGCUUUUCCUAGGAUUCAAUGUUAAGGAGAUGUUCAAAUGUGGCAAAACCAAAACAGUCCAACAAAAAGCUUGUGCUGAAGUGAUUAAGCAAGAAUACCAAAAGCUUGGGCCAAUAAGGUAUCAAGAAAUUAUGACCUUGGUCCUCUUCAUUCUAAUGGCUCUGCUAUGGUUUAGUAGAGAUCCUGGAUUUGUUCCUGGUUGGUCUGCACUUUUUUCAGAGUACCCUGGUUUUGCUACAGAUUCAACUGUUGCUUUACUUAUAGGGCUGCUAUUCUUUCUCAUUCCAGCUAAGAGAUUGACAAAAACUACACCUACAGGAGAAAUUGUUGCUUUUGAUUACUCUCCACUGAUUACUUGGAAAGAAUUCCAGUCAUUCAUGCCCUGGGAUAUAGCCAUUCUUGUUGGUGGAGGCUUUGCCCUGGCAGAUGGCUGUGAGGAGUCCGGAUUAUCUAAUUGGAUAGGAAAUAAAUUAUCUCCUCUGGGUUCAUUACCAGUGUGGCUAAUAAUUCUGAUAUCUUCUUUGAUGGUCACAUCUUUAACUGAGGUAGCCAGCAAUCCAGCUACCAUUACACUCCUUCUCCCAAUAUUAUCUCCAUUGGCUGAAGCCAUUCACGUGAACCCUCUUUAUAUUCUGAUACCUUCUACUCUGUGUACUUCGUUUGCAUUCCUCCUACCAGUAGCAAAUCCACCCAAUGCUAUUGUCUUUUCAUAUGGUCAUCUGAAAGUCAUUGACAUGGUUAAAGCUGGACUUGGUGUCAACAUUGUUGGUGUUGCUGUGGUUAUGCUUGGCAUAUGUACCUGGAUUGUACCCAUGUUUGACCUCUACACUUACCCUUCGUGGGCUCCUGCUAUGAGUAAUGAGACCAUGCCAUAAUAAGCACAAAAGUUCUGACUAUCUUGUGGUAGUUUCUGGAAGGCAUUAAUAAUUGACUGUAAAAUGUGGCUCUAAAUAACUAAUGACACAAAUUUAAAUCAGUUAUGGUAUAACUGCUGCAAUUCCCAUGAAUACCCGAAACCUGCUGUUAUAACUCAGAGUUGAUAUUUGUUAUUGCGGUGCAACAAAGACCAUCUAUGUGCCUUCAUCAAGAAGCCCACGUUUGAGAUUUUGCUCAUGAACCAUCUGCAACUUGGUUCAUCAUAAGAAUAAUUUAUAACUUGACCUUUAAAGAGAUUAGAGCAUUUGUUUCAUCUUACAGCUGGAAUUCAAUGUAACAUUUUAAAUGCAAUUUAUUGUUUCAGAAACUUUCCAUGAAACUAAAAAUAGAAAAUAAGAUAUACAAGUUAAUUUGGUACUUGGAUAAAUCAUUUCUGCAGUGUUGUUCAAGAGAAUUUCCUGAGAAAUCAAAGCUAUGGUCAUCUGGUGAUGCAGAGAAAAGUUUAAUCUAAAUGAUAUGUGCACUUCCUCAUUUAAAAAAUCCAAUUGGAUUAUUCUUAAUAUAUACAUGUAAUAUGAAAGUUGAGAUUGAAGCAGUAAUUCCAAAAUUAUGGCUGAAUAUACUAAAUAACAGAAAACUUAUAGAUAAGAUUUAUUUCUACUGAACUCUACAGUAAGAGUAAUAUAAUUCAUACUUUUAUGAUAUUGGCACACUGAGAAAUUCAUUUUGUAGAGCUAUGGAUAAGGCUUGCUAUGAUUUGCACUAUUAAUACAGUAUUGUUAGAAAGAAAAACUAAACACUAUAAAACUAUUAACACAGUUUUGUAUAUGAGUAACAACUUUGCUUAAGUGUUUAUCUUAGUUCAGAAAUGCAUAAUGUCAUAUGUUAAAGAGAUGUAGAAAUCUAAAUGAAUUAUCACUGUGUAUACAGACAUAGAAAAAUCACAUAACUCCAUUAUGUAAACAGUGCAAUGAAAAAAG